CACCUGCAGGCCUCCACUGAUUAUUUUUAGCUGAAAUGUAAAUGCUGAGGUCAAAGGUCAGGUGUUUGCAUAAUAAGUGACGUGCUUCCUCCUCCUCCUGUCAAUCACUGUGAUGUUGAGUGUGGUAUUAAAUUGCUCCUCCUGCACCUCCUCUGGUCAUCCUCCACAGCCUCUAAUGUGUCAGCAGUAAGUUUCCACGUUCCAAGUCCAUUGUGAGCACACAGUGACAACAUGCUGGGGAGCCUCUGCACUCUCAUCACUGCUCUAACAUGUGUCAGUGGUGUGACCGUGGUGACACAGAAGCCUGCUGUUGUCACGGUGACCACAGGAAACACAGCCAUCAUGGACUGUAACCUGGGAACUGUUACUGAUAGUACAGCUCGCUGGUACAAACAGAUUCCAGGAGGAGUUCCUCAGUUUGUGUUGGUGAAUUAUCACAGUUGGAGCUCUCCAAGUUAUGGUUCUGGUUUCUCAUCUUCAAAAUUCACAUCGACUCAUCAGUCACAGAUAGAUUAUCGUUUUAUCAUCAAGAAUGUGGAGCAGUCAGACUCAGCUGUGUAUUACUGUAAAACGUGGGACAGCUCUGUUAAUGAGUUCGUAUUCGGACAAGGAACCAAGCUGAUUGUCACAAGCUCCAGCCUCCCUCCUCCUGUCCUGACUGUCUUCCCUCCGUCCACUGCUGAGCUUCAGUCCAACAAAGUCUCUCUGCUCUGUCUGGCUGUUCUGUCCUCUGGGUCUAAAGGUUUGUCUGAUGUCACCUGGUUGUCUGGUGGGAGUCCAGUGAGUAGUGGGAUCUUUACCAGCACUGCUGUUCAACAACCAGACAAGACUUUCCAGAUCAGCAGCUAUCUGACCAUUGAGACGUCAGACUGGAACAGAGAUCAGGUUUACACGUGUAAAGUGUCUUUGGGCUCCCAGACUUCAGAGAAAAACAUCCAGAAGUCAGAAUGUCCCACUGAAGAACAGCAGGAGACACAAUGACCAUUUCAAAUCUGCUUCUUCACUGCUUACAAUGUUUACGUGUUACACAUGAAGGUGAUCAGAAUGUUGAACAUUGGAAAGUCAUGUUGAAAGAUUUGUGUCGCACGUUUGU